CUUAAUGAGUGUUUUAUUCAUAUAAUUUUGCUUAGUAAUUAUAAAAUUAUUAUUUAUUGCAAAAAUUUGAUAGAAACAAUUGUUAGAACACGUUUCGUUUUACUUCCAAAAUACAAUAACUUAAAUACAAGAAUUUAACUUUAAAAGAAGGUUGAAAAAAGUCCAUGUGAUAUAAAUGCCUACCCUCUAUAAUGACGUGUUCUUAUUGUCGCGAUGCAGCAUUAGGCAUUCCGGUUCAAUAACGCUAUUUUCAAUGUUUCAAAUAUCACUAUAUAUACAUCUUACUACUCUCUUUGUUAGAGCCGUUUUAUAACGUAAUCCAGUUUGUAUUUGACAACUGUCAGAAAUUGUCUUUUUUAGUAUUAGCACUAUUUUUUUUACGAGGAAAUAUUUAAAAUAAUUAAUAAAAAGAAUUUAAAAAUAAAAUUAUCAGCAAUAUUUUAAUUUUACAAUUUAAUUAAUUCUUUAGAAAUUAUACAAUUUAAUGUAUUCAAUGCGUCCUACCAAAAUUACGAUUUUCAUGAACUGCGGAAUACACCCUUCUUAUUUCUUGUUCGUUACGCACUGCAGUGUGCAAUCAACUCGGUAAACCCUGCAGGGUGGGUUACGGGGUGUGCGCAACUAGCAUCCGUAGUCUCGCGCAUUCGCUGCGUUUCCUUCCUCUUUUAGUCAUGUUUGCGGAUUUCUCGGUUUCGGACUGUUUCGUCUCUGAAUUGCGAAUCGAAAAUUGAUCAUUGCGAGAUCUGUGAUCCUUGUGAGAGACAUGAUCGCUGUUCUGUUCGGCGCACUGCCGAUCCUCUGGGUUCAAAGGAUCGGGGCGAGCGUGCUGGUCGCCGACCCCACCAUGUCCAGGAUGGUGGAGCUGAAUGCCGACGCACCCUUCUGCGCUCUUUACAGCGACCGCGGGGUCAUCCAGAGGAUGGUCCUCGGUGCGGACCCCAGAAAGGUCCGACAAAUCUCCAGCAACCUCGUCGCAGACCUCGAAGAGACCUGCAAGGCUUCGCGAGAUAAGGGAAAAAAUCAAGCACCUGGCAGUGGAUUGAUAUACCCGGGCACAAAGUGGUGCGGACCAGGCAACGUGGCCAAUACCUAUGACGAUUUGGGCCAACAUUCGCCCGAGGAUGCUUGCUGCAGGGAACACGACCAUUGCCCAUUCACGAUAGCGCCGCAACAAUGCAUACAUGGCAUAUGCAAUAACUCACCAUUUACUCGCUCGCAUUGCGAUUGCGAUGCCAAAUUCCGCAGGUGUUUACAGAAUCUGAAUACCGAGGUGGCCAAUACUCUCGGCGCGCUUUUCUUCAAUGUGAUCCAAGUCACCUGCUUCAGAGAAAGACGGCCUUGUUCUCAAUGGCAAAGAAACGGCUACGCGGAAGCUGUGUCCGAUCGAUUGUGCUCGCAGUACAAGUUCCGACCCAGUGACAAAUACGUGCCUAUGAUGCCGUUGAAUAAUAUGAACAAAUGAAAUUGGAAGCCUCCGGAUAGAAGAUCAGCCCUGGAAAGAAUUGGUAAAAGGAGAAGGGCUGAUAGCUAGCAGCGCACCGAUUACAACAUUUAUCUUAUAUCAAAUUGUCCUACUCGUUGUCGAACGCCAACAUGUUAUCGAGCUGCAUGUAUCAUUUCUAGAGAUUAAGUUACAUUAGAUUUUUCAAAACGGCGCGAGACUACAACUGUCAUUUAUGAACGGUAAAACUUAUUCUCGUUGUAUAUAUAUUUUAUCCCUGUGAUUAUAGUCUGAUCCUUUAAGUUCGGUUACUUGUAAAGAAAAAGGGAUAUUUAUAAAUAUGACUGAGUGUCUUUCAUGAAAAAGAAUUUCUUUGUGAGCUUUGAAGAAGUAUUAUACAAACAACAGGGUUGCUUAUAUAUGAAACAACGACAACAUGACAACGUAUGCAUGUAUGUACAUGUUAAUCUUUUCCUCUUGCUAUUGUCAUCGAAAGCAAUAUGUAUAAUUGUAAUAUGUUAGUAAAGUUGUAUAGUAUUUUGCAUAGUGCAUUUGGUUGGGUAG